AUGGCGUACUCAACUGACACCACCGAUACUGCCAGCUUGAAAGACACAAACGCCCCAGAUGCAUUUUAUCCCAUACAAUCGUCGUUUACAUUCGCCCGUCGUGAAAGACCACCGGAGGUUUAUGUCUCACCCGAGGAGGGAAACGAGAGUCGAGUUCCGUUGAAACAACCCAAAGUUCAAAGGAGGGAGUCGAAAGGUGGGUUACGGGGGAUGUUCACACGCAAUAAGACGGAGAAAAAGCCUGUGCACCCAGUACUAGAAGAAUCUACUCCUGCAUUGUCGUCAUCAGAACCCCCAGAUACCCAACGAGAGUCAGCUCUUCCUCGAACCAUUUCCAUCAGGAGAACCGGGACUGCCUCGGAAUCCAUACCUGCUACACCUGUUACUCCUGGGAGGCCUGCAAGUAGGCAUUCUCGAAUAAAUAUGAGAUCGAAAUCGGUGAAGCACAAGACCCCAGUUAAACCGAGUCCCAAAUCGUCAAAUUCCGCCUCAAAAACUUCUCCCAAACGACCGUCAGCAGCUUGGGACCCACCUCCACUUUUCCAAGCAUAUCCUCAAUCAAUCAAACAUGCACAAUUAUCAGCUUCAACCUUGUCCGCGGACUCAAUCCUGCGAAUCAGCAAUCACCAAAGAAACAACAGUCUGAGAGAAGGAAUCGCCCAGGUACGGCCUGUAGAUGGACAAGACCAGAGCACUGCUGCCAAAAAGUCGGAGAAGGCGAGAGCAAAGCAUCGAAGACAAGUUUCAGGAUCAAUCUCGAAGGCAGAAUGGACUCAAAAGAUAUUUGUUCUCGUGACAUCUGGUUAUCUACUGCAAUAUGCUGGGGAGGGAUCGUUUGACAGGCUCCCAGAGAAAAUGAUGCUACUUGGAAAAGAUUCUGUGGCAUUUGCAAGUGAUGUGAUUCCUGGGAAGCAUUGGGUUCUCCAGAUUUCUCAAGCUAUGGACGCUGACGGCACGCCCGCGUCUGACUCGCGAUCUCUCCUAUCACGACUUGCCUUUAGGGGCGCGGAUUAUCGAAGAACGGCGACGAGUUUACUUUUAGUACUCAAUAGUGCAGAAGAAAUGGAUUCAUGGCUUGCAGUUGUGAGGAGGGAAAUCGAGGCUCUUGGUGGGAAGAAACAUGUUUCGGAAACUGGAAAGCCAAAACCAGAUGAUAAAAUCAUGCAGUUGAAAGCGCAACCAAGCCACCGAUAUCUUGUUCAGAGAGAUCCGGACCAAUUUCCUGAUUCCUCCUCACCAAGAUUGCCCUCUUUUGGUCCACCGCCUUGGGUGAAACAGAAAGACGACGAACUUCAGCAGAAACUGGAAGAUGCCGCUGCUGCAUUGUCAGGACCCCAAAAUGAUCUGGCACGCCCCUCGACCGGACACCAGUCGAUCAGCCAUCACUCGAUCACCACUAGUAUCACAUCUCAUGACGAACAGCAGCUUGAAAGUCUGAGAAAUAGCUCAAAUCGAUUCUCGUACAUGUCAUCAGGUCAGCGAACUCUCAUCACAUCUAACGGUUCAUCACCAGCGACGUCGCCCACUCGCGACACAUUUGAUGAUUUUCCUCUAAAGAUCUCAACGGAAGAAGUUCGACCCAGACCAAAUGCUGCUGCAAUCAACGAGCGUCGGAGGUCGAUGCAAACUAUGCAUGUUCCAAUUCUUGAGGCUCAGCAAGCCCCCAAGGCAUAUCGUCACUCCACAUAUGGUGGACCGGCUAGAUCAGCUCGAGUCCAUUCGCCUGCGACGCCAAACUUCAGCGUCCCAAAUUCAUCAAGUAAGAGGUACUCAACAAUGAAAAGCUCCGCCACGGACGCCCCCCCGGUGCCAUCAAUCAUCAAGACAACUCCUGGCAAAACACAAGAAUCGAUGUGGAAUGGGACAAGGAAACCAGCGCCAACAGCACUCAAUACAACUCGACCUCUUUCUCCGGUUGAGGACUCGAGCCCGUCCAAGCGCAAGUCUGCGCUUAAAACACCCAUAGACUCACCAUUCAGUGAGCAGCGGCAAUCAAAACCUUCAAUGGUCGAGAUACUACCUAAAUUCAUGGCCUCACCACCUCCCGACGAUGGCCCAGCUCUCCCAAGCCGGAUAUCAAGUCUGACACCCUUAAACUCCUCAGAAAUCGCCCCCAUCGACGUCCAAUUUCCCCGUCGGUUUUCAAGUAUGCAAGCCUUGCGUGAAGAUCGCCAACGAGAGCUCCCAUUCAGAUCGUCUCCCCUCCCACCAGCUGAAAUCCCAACACCCCUCUCCACCUCCUCGGCGAUCCACGAAGUCGAAAUCGAGGACGAAUUCGCAGUGCACGAAACAGAAAGAGAAAACCUUUCUCCACUCCCCAUCCUCGCAAACACAAAGUCCAAGAUCCGCCGACCAAACAGCAUGCAAGUCUUGCCCUUCCAGGUCCCCUCAUCUGCAAACCAACAUCGUCCGUUCUCAAUCACCUCCACUGCGUCAAGCGGUGCGCUGAACCGUGACUUGAACAUGAGCGCCCAGCCAAUCUCGCUCGUCUCGCCGCAUCUUCAGCGGUUAAAAGCUGAUUCAAAGAAGGCGUUGGUGAAUAGGAGGAGUAUGCCGACGCUUGUUAAUGGACCGCCGCCUGCUCCGCCGCCUGACUGCGCGUUGCCUCCUCUACCGCCGGGAAGCGGGAUGCGGAGCCCGGUUAGAUUGAGGAAUUCUGUACGGGUUUGA